GCAUUCCGUCUGCAGCCACGGUUCAUUCGACCCGAUUUUGCCAGCCUGAAGUACACCAUCCUCACCGGAGUCGCCCCCGGCGUGUUCUUCUGCCGGUACAUCAUGACGUGCGACGCGCUGCGUCGACAGGCGGAGCCCGACGCCGCCAGGGUGGUGGACGAGAUGGUCGGCCAGGAGGACGCGGGCGGGCUCGGCUGGUCGUGCCGGGUGUGUGCCUGCUGGGCCGCGUGCAGCCUGGCGGGGUUCGCCGUUGCCGCCUUCAGGAACCCUGGCGUGGUGCCGUGUGCGUCUUCGAGCAGGAGAUCGGCGGCUCGGUGCCGCAGCCGGCGAUGA